AUGGGUAUAUUAAGAGUAUACGAUUUUGUUGUUAAUGAAUCUUCAUUAGAUUCGAUUCCUCCUGUCAAGAAAAAUAAUGCUAAAAUUCUGAAAGAAGCAUGGUUCUGGACAUCUGUGCAAUAUCAGAGUUGCGCCUUAACAAAAGAAUAUUUAUUAACCAAUUUAAAUGUGACCAACACACCUACCUCUGCUCGUGUAAUGUCAUCUACGUUGACACUAAGUUCUUCUUCUCGUGCACGCAAAAGAAAAAGGCAUUUAGACCGUUUGGGUUCUUUGCUAAGGCCUAGUCCAACACCUGUAGCAACUAUUGGAGAAACAUCACCAACCAAUAGUUCAGGGCCGUCAAAACGACGGUCAUCAGCUGCCAACACCCUUGAUGGCCUAAGGUUGUCGUGUGGAUCAUUUUUAAAUUUCACAAACAGCCCAGAUCAUCCAUCACCUUUUAAACUCCCAAAAGAUCCAGAUAUAGUUAUAAAAGAUAAACCAUUUAGUCCACGAUAUCAAGUUUUCUCUGAAUUAUUACAGACUGAGAUUAACUAUGUGGGAGUGUUAAAGACAAUAAUUACUGUGUACAAAGAACCAUUAGAAGAAAUGAUAGACAAAGAAGACUGUUUGCUUAAUAAUACUGAAAUUAAAAUUAUUUUUGGAAAUGUUUUACCUAUUUAUCAAGUGCAUCAAGAAAUGUUAGAAGAGCUCAAAUGCCUUGCUACAUCAUGGCAAGAAGAUAGUAGUAUAGGCAGUGUUUUUCUCAAAUAUUCCAGUGAAUUAGUGAAAGCUUAUCCACCGUUUGUGAAUUUUUUUGAAAAAACAAGAGAGAUGUUAUUGCAGUGUGAUCAAACAAAACCUCGUUUUCAUGCUUUCCUCAAGGUCGGUCAGACAAGACCCGAAUGUUGUCGACAGAGUCUACAAGAACUUCUCAUUCGACCUGUGCAACGCUUACCCAGCGUUAGCCUCUUGUUAAAUGUGGAGAAUGAUUGGGCACAAAAAGUUUGCAAAGAAGUAAUUAAUAAGCCACUUGAAGAAAUUAAUACAAAUUUCACACUCGUUGUAUAA